CAUUCAUUCACAAUAUAAAUUAGAAAGUUACUGUAUAUGUUUAUUAGUGACCUAUUUUUCAUGAUAGCAUAAUGUCUAAAGAUAUUAAAAAUGAUGAAGAUACAAAAUCACAAUCUCCGGUUUCUGAUCGUUUCCCGGGAAUUAUUAUUAUUAUAGCGUUAUCGGAAUUUUGUGAACGGUUUUCGUAUUCGGGAAUGAAAGCAUUUUUAACGUUAUACUUACGAAGUAAACUUGGUUACACUGACGAUGGGGCGACUGAGACGUACCAUUGGUUCAGCACAUUUAUAUACGUGUUUCCAAUUGUAGGUGGAAUAAUGGCAGAUAAUUACCUUGGAAAAUUCAAGACAAUCUUGUACAUGAUGUUUGUGUAUGCGGCGGGGAAUAUGCUGGUAGCCCUAACCGCGAUACCACAGUUAGCUUUACCCGCACGACUCUGCACUUUCAUCGGUUUAUUCAUGAUUACAAUCGGCGCUGGUGGCAUUAAGCCUUGCGUCACAGCGUUCGGAGGCGAUCAGUUCCGACUCCCAGAGCAGGAACAUCACUUAGCGGUCUACUUCAGCCUAUUAUACUUCAGUCUUUGCAUGGGCAGUCUUAUCGCGAAGACGGUCUCUCCAAUACUCAGAUCGGAGAUCCACUGCUUUGGUGAUAAGGACUGUUAUUCCUUGGCUUUCGGUGCGCCGGGGCUGUUGGUGUUGUUGUCUAUAGUGGUAUUUGUCAGCGCUAAGAGCCGAUAUGUCAUGAAAAGUCCGGAAGGAAACGUAGUUCUCGAUUUUGUUAGAUGUGUUUCGCUAGGCUUAAAGAACGCUCUGUUUAAACGUGGUAAAAAUGAAAAACAUUCCCACUGGCUCGACACGAUGCACAAUCAAUACGACAAAAGAUUCAUUAGGGAUAUCAAGAAAACACUCUCUAUUCUGAUGCUUUUCACCGUAUUACCAGUGUUCUGGGCUUUGUUGGACCAAAUGGGCUCCCGAUGGACCUUACAGGCGACAAAAAUGGACGGUAGAUUUGGUUUGAUAACCAUAAAACCAGAUCAAAUGCAAGUGUUGUCGCCUAUUUGCAUUCUUAUACUCAUACCGCUAUUCCAAAAGUACGCGUAUCCUUUCCUGGAGAAGCGCAACGUGUUAAAGAAUCCCCUUCACAAGUUGACUCUGGGGGGAGUGUUGGCCGGAGUGGCGUUCAUAGCGUCCGGAGUGCUCGAGAUUUAUUUGAAGACAACCUACCCCGACCUCCCUCAGCCGGGCUACUCUCAACUGAGAAUAUUCAACGGAAAUCCUUGUUCGGUGUCAAUAGAAAAUAUCGAAUAUAACAUAACUUUGACUGUGCCUUCUCUCUCACAUGUUACUAGGAAUAUCCCCGUUCAUAACACAAGUUUGCCUUUAAAGUUAGGCGGGAGUUGUAUAGAGCCGAGGGAGGAAUUGUUCCUGUUGGAAGACAACAGAGCCGUGUCGUUUUACUUUGCCCGUGAUGUGUUGGAGCGGUAUGUUGAUAAUCCGGAGAAGAGCAAGGCCGGAUUUCCUGUUGUUAGAUUCCUUAUACCUCCCAAUAAUACAACAAACGUAGUGUUGUACAACAACAGACGUAAUGAGACAGAAGUGAGUGUGUCGACCGGCGUGUCGUCACAGAUGGAAGUGUUCGUUUCUACCUACUCCCUCGUAGUUAAUGGGAGAGUUGUUACUACUGGACUCGAGUUGCUAAGCGGCGGCGUUUACACCAUUAUGGUUGAUGAGGAUGGUGGGAGGUCGAAUUUGAUCACGGUGACAGAACCGAAUUCAAUCAAUAUGAUACUUCUGUUGCCGCAGUUCCUCAUAAUGUCAAUAGCUGAGGUGUUAUUCGCGAUAACAGGUAAUGAGUUUGCUUUCAAAGAGUCGCCGGAGAGUAUGAAGGCUGUGAUGACGUCAGUGUGGCUGCUGACGGAGGCUGUGGGGAACGUCAUCAUUAUCGUCAUCACGAGAGUGUUUGUUAAUUAUGCACAGGAAAUUCAAUUCUUCAUAUAUACGGGUCUGAUGUUCUUCUCAAUGAUCAUAUUUUAUGUACUCUCAAGUAAUUAUCAGUUCGGUGUAGAAGAAGAAUGUAAGAAGGAAUUUCGUAGUAACAGUGAAGUGUUAUACAUGCAAGUGAAGCAAGCUGAAGAUAUUAUGGAACAUUAGUUUAAGAGAAGAAUUUAUAAAAAUUAAAUGAUAUUAAAAGUCA